AUGCCACUACUCAACAAUGUUUACUGUGACUAUCAAGGUUACGACAAACAUCGGGGACUUAAACAUCCACCAGGAGAGUCUAUACGACCUCGGGGCCUGAAACACCACCAGGAGAGUCUAUAUGACCUCGGGGACUUAAACAGCCACCAGGAGAGUCUAGAAGACAUCGGGGGCUUAAACAUCCACCAGGGGAGUCUAUACGACCUCCGGGGCUUAAACAUCCACCGCCAGGAGAAUCUUUACGACCUCGGGGACUUAAAGAUCCACCAGGAGAGUCUUUACGACCUCGGGGACUUAAAGAUCCACCAGGAGAGUCUAGGGGACUUAAACAUCCACCAUGAGAGUCUAUACAACCUCGGGGACUUUAACAUCCCCCAGGAGAGUCUAGAAGACAUCGGGGACUUAAACAUCAACCAAGAGAGUCUAUACGACCCCCGGGACUUAAACACCCACCAGGAGAGUCUAUAUGACCUCGGGGACUUAAAGAUCCACCAGGAGAGUCUUUACGACCUCGGGGACUUUAACAUGCACCAGGAGAGAGAAUCUUUACGACCUCGGGGACAUAAACAUCCACCAAGAGAGGCUAUACGACCUCCGGGACUUAAACACCCACCAGGAGAGUCUAUACGACCUCGGGGACUUAAACAUCCACCAGGAGAAUCUUUACGACCUCGGGGACUUAAACAUCCACCAAGAGAGUCUAUACGACCUCCGGGACUUAAACAUCCACCAGGAGAAUCUAUACGACCUCGGGGACUUAAACAUCCACCAGGAGAGUCUAUACAACCUCUGGGACUUAAACAUCCACCAGGUGAGUCUAUACGACCUCGGGGACUGAAACAUCCACCAGGAGAAUCUAUACGACCUCGGGGACUUAAACAUCCACCAGGAGAGUCUAUACGACCUCUGGGACUUAAACAUCCACCAGGUGAGUCUAUACGACCUCGGGGACUGAAAAAUCCACCAGGAGAAUCUAUACGACCUCGAAGACUUAAACAUCCACAGGAGAGUGUAUACGACCUCGGGGACUUAAACAUCCAUCUGGAGAGUCUAUACGGCAUCGGGGACUUAAACAUCCACCAGAAGAGUAUAUACGACCUCGGGGCCUUAAACAUCCACCUGGAGAGUCUAUACGGCAUCGGGGACUUAAACAUCCACCAGGAGAGUCUGUAUGACCUCGGGGACUUAAACAUUCACCAGGAGAGUCUAUAUGACCUCGGGGACUUAAACAUCCACCAGGAAAAUCUAUACGACCUCGGGGACUUAAACAUCCACCAGGAAAAUCUAUACGACCCCGGAGACUUAAACAUCCACCAGGAGAGUCCAUACGAACUCAGGGACUUAAACAUCCACAGGAGAGUGAGAAUCUAUACGACCUCGGGGACUGAAACAUCAACAGGAGAGUCUAUACGACCUCGGGGACUGAAAAAUCCACCAGGAGAAUCUAUACGACCUUGGGGACUGCAACAUCCCCCAGGAGAAUCUAUACGACCUUGGGGACUGCAACAUCCACCAGGAGAAUCUAUACGUCCACCAGGAGAGUCUAUACGACCUUGGGGACUGCAACAUCCCCCAGGAGAAUCUAUACGACCUUGGGGACUGCAACAUCCACCAGGAGAAUCUAUACGUCCACCAGGAGAGUCUAUACGACCUCGGAGACUGAAAUAUCACAAGGCGAGCCUAGACGACCUCGGGGACUUAAACAUCCAUCAGGAGAGUCUAUACGACCUCGGGGACUUAAAGAUCCACCAGGAGAGUCUGCACGACCUCGGGGACUUAAACAUUCACCAGGAGAGUCUAUACGACCUCGGGAACUUAAACAUCCACCAAGAGAGUCUAUCCGACGUCGGGGACUUAAACAUCCACCAGGAAAAUCUAUACGACCCCGGAGACUUAAACAUCCACCAGGAGAGUCCAUACGAACUCAGGGACUUAAACAUCCACCAGAAGAGUAUAUACGACCUCGGGGACUUAAAAAUCCACCAGGAGAGCCUGUAUGACCUCGGGGACUUAAACAUUCACCAGGAGAGUCUAUACGACCUCGGGGGCUUAAAGAUCCACCAGGAGAGUCUGUCCGACCUCGGGGACUUAAACAUUCACCAGGAGAGUCUAUAUGCCCUCGGGGACUUAAACAUCCACCAGAAGAGUCUAUACGACCUCGGGGACUUAAAGAGCCACCAGGAGAGUCUGUACGACCUCGGUGACUUAAACAUUCACCAGGAGAGUCUAUAUGACCUCGGGGACUUAAACAUGCACCAGGAGAGUCUAUAUGACCUCGGGGACUUAAACAUCCACAAGAGAGAGGGUCUAUACGACCUCGGGGACUUAAAUAUCCACCAAAAGCGGACUUACGACCUCGGGGACUUAAACAUCCCCCAGGAGAAUCUAUACGACCUCGGGGACUUAAACAUCAACCAGGAGAAUUUAUACGAUCUCGGGGACUUAAACAUCUACCAGGAGAAUUUAUACGAUCUCGGGGACUUAAACAUCUACCAGGAGAAUUUAUACGAUCUCGGGGACUUAAACAUCUACCAGGAGAAUUUAUACGAUCUCGGGGACUUAAACAUCAACCAGGAGAACCUAUACGACCUCGGGGAUUUAAACAUCCACCAGGAGAGAGAAUCUAUACGACCUCGGGGACUUAAACAUCAACCAGGAGAAUUUAUACGAUCUCGGGGACUUAAACAUCCACCAGGAGAUUAUAUACGAUCUCGGGGACUUAAACAUCCACCAGGAGAAUCUAUACGAUCUCGGGGACUUAAACAUCCCCCAGGAGAAUUUAUACGAUCUCGGGGACUUAAACAUCCACCGGGAGAAUCUAUACGAUCUCGGGGACUUAAACAUCCACCAGGAGAAUAUAUACGAUCUCGGGGACUUAAACAUCCACCAGGAGAUUAUAUACGAUCUCGGGGACUUAAACAUCCCCCAGGAGAAUCUAUACGACCUCGGGGACUUAAACAUCCACCAGGAGAAUUUAUACGAUCUCGGGGACUUAAACAUCCACCAGGAGAUUAUAUACGACCUCGGGGACUUAAACAUCCACAAGAGAGUCUAUUCGACCUCGGGGACUUAAACAUCCAUCUGGAGAGUCUAUACGACCUCGGGGACUUAAACAUCCACCAGAAGAGUAUAUACGACCUCGGGGACAUAAGCAUCCACCAGGAGAGUCUGUAUGACCUCGGGGACUUAAACAUUCACCAGGAGAGUCUAUACGACCUCGGGGACUGA